AGGAGAGAAGGGAAGGGAAGGGGAGGGGGGAGAGAGAAAACCGAGAGAGAGGGGCUAGUAGAUGUAGCUCUAGCUGUGGGCCGGGGGGUGAGCUACCUAGCCCGGGCUGCUCUGCCGAAACAUCCAUGGGUGGCUGUGUCGGGAGCCACCACGACUCUUCGGGCAGCUUAAACGAGAACUCGGACGGCACUGGAGUGGCUCUAGGGCGUAACCAGCCCCUGAAGAGAGAGCGGCCUAAAUGGAAAAGUGACUACCCGAUGACUGAAGGCCAGCUGCGCAGCAAGAGAGAUGAGUUCUGGGAUACGGCGCCAGCAUUUGAGGGCCGGAAGGAGAUCUGGGAUGCGCUGCGGGCUGCGGCCAGCGCCUUUGAGAGCAAUGACCACCUGCUGGCUCAGGCCAUCCUCGACGGGGCCAGCAUCACACUGCCGCACGGAGCUCUGACUGAAUGUUACGAUGAACUGGGUAAUCGAUACCAGCUGCCAGUCUACUGCCUCUCUCCUCCCGUCAACAUGAUCGAAGAGCGCUCUGAUGAGCCGGACGGUUCAGAUCCAGACUCCGGGGCCGCAGACCCGUCCACGGGCAGCGCCAGCGACCCUGGCUCAGGAGGGGAGUGCCAGCUUCGGCUUCGGCUCUCCACGGGUCGCGACCUACGCCUGGCGGUCCGUUCCACGGACACAGUGGGCAUGAUGAAGCGUCGUCUGCAUAGUCAGGAGGGCGUGCCUGCUGCAACCCAACGCUGGUUUUUCUCAGGUCGGCCACUGACAGACAGGCUGCGCUUGGACCAACUCAACAUCUCCAGGGACUAUGUAGUGCAGGUCAUCCUCAGCCAGCCGCCACAGCCAGAGCCGGUGUCAACGCCAGGACACACACCAGAGGCCUGUGGGCCAGCGGCAGUGGAAGGAGUGUCUGCACUGCCACAAGAGCCCACGCCGGUGGAGAAUUAACUCCCCACAACCUGGCGACCUGGAGGUGGGCAGUGAAAAAGGAGGAUAACAAGGGAGAAAGAAAGAAUGAAAGUUGACUCUCUUCUUCUCUUCUUCUCUUCUCUUCUCUUCUUCUCUUCUCUUCUCUUCUCUUCUCUUCUCUUCUCUUCUCUUCUCUUCUCUUCUCUUCGUUUGCUGUCCGCCGGAGCAACAGGACUCUCGAAUUGAGAAAAAGACUCUUCCUUUUGGUUUUACAUGUUGAAAUUUUGACCUUUUUGAAGUCUUUUUAACUGUUCCUAUGGAAACCAAACCACAAAAAGAGAACUUUGUCAGAUGGCGUAAAGGGUUUUCUUAGCAACACUGAUGUUCGAAUGUUUCUGUGUGUCAGUUUCCAUUUGAGUUCUGCUGUCUGGCAAGGUUUUGUCAGCAGAAUUCGUUUUAUGAGGUUACAGGGUUAUACAUACAUUUAUACAUACAGUUACAUUACAGUAGAGUUCAACAAGUUCAGAAGGAAAGGAAUAAAGAUAGUUUAAGAAUCACAACAGUUAUUCAGACAAUUCUUCAUUAUAUUUGAGUCAAAUCAAGAAUACUUUCUCACUCUGGGGUUAAGUAACUAAAGGUUGCUGGUUAGUAAACAGAUGUGUCCUCCCUCUUGUAUAGAGGUUGCAGUUUGGCGACAUGACGAUGUGUUACCAAACUGCCGCUGGAUUAAAACGCUUUAUUUCACUCCGCUUCACAGAACAAUCAUGUAAUAAACAUUAAGUAGUCAGUGUGUGCAAGCGUGCGUGCGUGCGAGUGUGCCAGUGAGCGUGGAUGUAAAUAUAUGAUCAAGACAACACCACACUUAUCCAUGUGGCAAAAGGAUGGAACAUCAGAAACACAGUUGCAUAUUUUGAUUAAAAAUAGAAUGUUUUUAAUUAAAAUUGAUCAUUGUUUCUA